AUUUAGGGACCAAUCAGAAUUCACCGGAAGUUGGAAGCUCCACGAUUUCGUAGAAGGAAGGAAAGUACCGAGUGCAAUAUGGCUACAGGAGCGGAUCAGGCGGUUGGGAUGGGCAUCGUGAGCUUCAGCCUGCUGCUCUUCACCUAUUACACCGUCUGGGUUAUAAUCUUGCCCUUUGUGGACAGUGACCACGUGAUGCACCAGUAUUUUCUCCCCCGGGAGUAUUCUGUCAUAUUGCCUGGCGUUGCAGCUUUGAUUCUGCUGCUCUUUGUAGGAACCUUUAUCGGCAUAGUAACCUGGAAGAACAGGAAACCAAAGAAGUCAGAGUGAAAAGAGCAGCUCGUUCACAAGCAUCCAGGAGUCCAACCCCCAUGAGUGAGAUCAGCUCCUGUGUGAACCGAUGAACGAAUCCCUUUUCCUUCACAUUGCAGAGCACUUUGGACAUUCUGUGGGCAAGUCUGAAAAGCGGGCUGCACUGCAGUUUGAGCCAUUUCAGAGUCACCUGUGCUGACGUCUCAAGGGUUGAAUUAAGGGUAAAUCCGAGCGGACGGGGGCUUGUGAGGUUACACCCACAGUGGAGCAGAAAUGGAAUUUGCUGUGCAGGUCACAGACCGCCCUCUUCCCCCAGGCAAACGUUCGAGGUGCUGCAGAGAAGAAUAUCGUCCUUGCGCACUCCGCACACCCUUAAUGACUGCAUGGCUGUAAGCACUUUGUCGCAAAAACCCAGAGGGGCCGGCUUGUAAUCCACAGAGUCGCUCCCAGAUGAGAGCCAGAUGACUCAUGUAACCCGUUUCCGUCACUGAAUUGAAGGGAUACAGUUUUUUUAAAAAGCACGAUGGAAGUUCUUAAUGUUGCCACUAAAGGGUCUAACAUUACAUCUAAAAUGCUUUACCUGCAAGUUUUAUUUUAAAAACAUUGCGUCAAUGAAACUCCAUACUAGUUUUGUGGUGGCUACAGGAAGAUGAAAUUAAUUCCCAUGUAAUAUCAGUGCCCCCUUUGCAUUGCAGACAAGCUUGUAUAUAUUUAUGUACAGUAUGCAGUAAAAUUGUGAUGUCUAUUUAAUUACACUUGUAGGCAGCUUUUGUCCUGUAACGUACCUCCAUCUGUAAAAUGCUGUGACUACCCUUCCAAAAAAAAAAAAACAAUGACAUCUUGGUUCACAAAACUGCCUUCUUAUCUUUUUUUAACAAAAAUCACAAAUGCAUGAAUUGUGAUGCCUGCACACAUUUCAAAUGUGAGUGCAGGUAUUGACCUUCUCGUACUUUUUGAUUUAUACACCUUGCGCCUUGUAAGACUGUGUGUUUAGUCCUUAAAAUAUGAAGUGUAUGUAAAAAAACACACAUGCUUCAAGGCUGACUAAAGACCCAGCAUGUUAAAGUUGAUUUCAGUGGAUGGAGGGAUGGUGUGUUUAAUGUACUGUUGUGCUCCAAAGUUCAUACCUAAGGCUCUGAGAUGCAUAUUUUUUAGAUAAGUGAUUGGUGGUUUUAACACCAUCUUUCCUCUCCAAUGGAAACAGCAUUAUCGUGGCUGCUGGUGAGCUUCUGUUGGUGCAGUGUACCCACUGUUGUCUCCGAGUUCCAGUCUGUAAAACCUUGAAUGGAGGUGAUCACCGAGUGAGAGACUGUUAUACGCAUCAAAAUUAAACUCGCAUCUUCCUUUUGCAGCUCCAGAGCACGCAAUCCCAAAAGCACGGUGGUUCUAGGGCGCUGUGAUAUUUUCUGUAAGAUUAAAAUGUUAAUAUGGGC